UAGUUCCAACUUCCUGUUAUCGUUUUGUCCCAGUCUGUCAGAUGAUGAAGGCAUCCUUACACCCGUAGUUCACUGCGAAUACAAGUUUUAAACUUUAAACGUCUACCCUGCCUUUGCACAAUGUCAUCCAACAGUGGUAUUCAAAUACCCAGCCGGCUGCCUCUGCUGUGUACUCAUGAUGGAGUGCUGUUACCCGGCUCGACCAUGAGAAUCAGCGUCGACACGGCGAGAAACAUGCAGUUGGUGAAGAGCAGACUGCUGAAGGGGACCUCGCUGAAGAGCACCAUCAUAGGGAUUGUUCCAAACACUAGAGACCCCGAGCACGACAGCGAUGAGCUCCCGUCCUUGCACAGUAUUGGCACAGCAGGACUGGCAGUACAGGUCGUAGGCAGCAACUGGCCAAAACCGCACUACACACUGCUCAUUACGGGCCUGUGUCGCUUUCGUGUGACCCAGCUGCUUAGAGAGAGACCUUUCCCGAUGGCAGAGGUGGAACAGCUAGACAAACUGGAGCAGUACACAGAGGGAGAUCCGGCUGUUGGAGAGCUUGGAGAGCUGGCACAGAGGUUCCAUCAGGCCGCUGUACAGCUGGUUGGGAUGUUGGACAUGUCUGUGCCUGUGGUGGCUAAACUCCGGCGUCUGUUGGACAGUCUGCCUAGAGAAACCCUACCGGAUGUCCUGGCCUCCAUGAUCCGCACUUCCAACAAAGAGAAACUGCAGGUGCUGGAUGCAAUAGACUUGGAGGAACGGUUUAAGAAGGCCCUUCCUCUGCUCACCAGACAAAUUGAAGGGCUCAAGUUACUGCAAAAGACACGCAAACUCAGACCUGAUGAUGACAAAAGGGUGCUGGCCAUCCGUAAAGGUGGUGUGUUCCCAGGUCGUCAGUUCUCGCUGGAUGAGGAGGAUGAAGAUGGAGAUGACAAUGUUUUGCUGGAGAAGAAGGUGAAGGGAGCAGCUAUGCCAGAAGCUGCACUGCGCGUGUGUCUCAAGGAGCUCAGGCGUUUAAAGAAGAUGCCACAGUCCAUGCCAGAGUAUGCCCUCACCCGGAACUAUCUGGAGAUGAUGGUAGAGCUGCCCUGGAGCAAGAGCACUACAGAUUGCCUGGACAUCCGUGCAGCGCGGGUGCUCUUGGAUAAUGAUCACUAUGCCAUGGAGAAGCUGAAGAGGAGGGUGCUGGAGUAUCUGGCUGUGCGGCAGCUCAAGAAUACCCUCAAGGGUCCCAUACUGUGUUUUGUAGGACCCCCCGGUGUGGGAAAGACCAGCGUUGGGCGUUCCAUCGCUCGCACACUGGGUCGAGAGUUCCACCGCAUCGCCUUGGGGGGAGUCUGUGAUCAGUCUGACAUCCGUGGCCACAGACGCACAUACGUAGGUAGCAUGCCUGGCCGCAUUAUAAAUGGACUGAAGACUGCUGGGGUAAACAAUCCUGUCUUUUUAUUGGAUGAGGUGGACAAACUUGGGAAGAGCCUACAGGGAGAUCCUGCUGCCGCCCUGCUGGAGGUUCUGGACCCGGAGCAGAACCACAGCUUCACCGACCAUUACCUCAACGUGCCGUUUGACCUCUCGCAGGUCCUCUUCAUUGCCACCGCAAACACCAUGGCCACCAUCCCCCCUGCCUUGCUGGACAGAAUGGAGGUCCUCCAGGUGCCAGGGUACAUCCAGGAGGAGAAGGUAGAAAUCGCCCAUCGGCACCUGAUCCCUCAUCAGCUGGAGCAGCAUGGGCUGACCCCACAACAGCUCCAGAUCCCACAGGACACCACACACGAGAUCAUCAGCAAGUACACACGGGAGGCAGGCGUGCGCUCUUUGGAGAGGAAGAUCGGAGCCAUCUGUCGAGCGGUGGCUGUGAAGGUCGCUGAAGGUCAUAAGGUCUCUAGAGCAGAGUCCCCCACGGAACAGCUUGCAGACCAGAAUACAGAGAACAAGGUGGAGGAUUCUGAGAUAGCGGCACCUCCAGAGAUGCCAAUCGUUAUUGACCACAUUGCACUUAAGGAUAUUCUUGGACCGCCACUCUUUGAAAUGGAGGUCUCAGAGCGACUGACCCUACCAGGUGUGGCAAUCGGGCUAGCCUGGACUCCUAUGGGUGGAGAGAUCAUGUUUGUGGAGGCCAGUCGUAUGGAAGGAGAAGGUCAGCUGACCCUGACGGGGCAGCUGGGGGAUGUCAUGAAGGAAUCUGCCCAUCUAGCGAUCAGCUGGCUCCGCAGCAAUGCCAAGACUUACUUCCUCUCCAAUGGCAGCGCUGAUCCCCUGGAGGGUACCGAUAUCCACUUGCACUUUCCGGCAGGGGCCGUCACUAAGGACGGACCCUCUGCUGGUGUUACCAUAGUAACGUGCCUGGCCUCACUGUUGAGUGGGCGUCUGGUGCGCUCUGAUGUGGCCAUGACAGGAGAGAUCACUCUGAGAGGACUGGUUCUGCCGGUAGGAGGAAUAAAGGAUAAAGUCUUGGCAGCUCACCGGGCCAAUCUGAAACGCGUUAUUAUCCCCAAGCGCAACGAGAAAGAUUUGGAGGAGAUCCCAGCCCAUGUGCGAACUGAUCUGGAUUUUGUUUUCGCCAGCACUCUGGAUGAAGUCCUGAAUGCGGCCUUUGAUGGCGGCUUUCCCUCAGCUGUCAGUCAUCCACAAGUUGUUAGUAAACUCUGAGACUGUUGUUGCUAGAUAUGAAUACUUUUUUUUCCUCUUAGAGAAAGUUGAACACUCUGCACUUAGUUUGUCAUCAUUGUGCACUUAUAAGCUUUAGGCGCUUGUACUCUAAUUCAUUGAUUUAAUAACCUCUAAUUUAAUAAUAGAGCGGGUAUAAAGAAUAAAAUGAAUAAGAGAGUGGGUAUAAUUUUGUUCCUAUAGAACUUACAACAAAAUUUGUCUGACAAUUUAUACUGUAGAUAAUUAUACUAAUCCAGCUUUAUUUUGAUUUUUUUGAAAGUUGCGAUUUAACAAACAUAUUUAGUUAUCCUCAUGAAAUAAAUGAAUGAAUAUCAAAGUUCUUUGAUAUGAAGGCUGGAAUAUUUUAAUUUUGCAUGGUGACAACUAAGUACAAUUUAAAGGAAUUUUAAAUUUAGGUUAGCAUCAAAUAAUUGCCUGAAAACUCAUUGUGUCUGUACAGGAAAUGUUCCUAGAAUUGGUUGCUCCUUCAAACCAUCAAUCUUUCUUUUUUAUGAAUUUACAGUCACCAUUGCAGCAAUGAUCAUUCAAUAGCAUAAUGGUAAAAUAGUCUGACCGUUUAUGUUUAGUUAGAUCAGCAUUUUUAAAUGCACCACUAGCUGUAUUCACAAAACAUUUUACCACUAAGAGUUCUCCUAAAUAAGCAGUAAGGGAAGUUCUUAGUUAAGAGUUUCCUCUGUAAACCUAUUCGCAAAAAUAGUCUACCUAAAGCUUCGGUGACCAAUUUUUGCUAAGAAACAGAGAGAAAUCUUAAGCUUCUCCAGCUGGAGAAAGGGUGGCACUGACCUCAUUGCUAUGGAUGAUGUCAACACACUAACUAUGCCCACAGUGAUUGGCUGAUAGGGGAGCGAUCUCUGCCAGUGGUUUAAUCACAGAAAUAUUGCAGAACGAGUUAUGUUGCAAUAUUCAAAUAUAGAAUUUUUUUUCAAAUGGUCUAUCCAAUCAGUUCGAGAGGAGGUAUGUAUAUAUAUAUAUAUAAAUGGGGGGCUUUGGGUUUGGGCUAAAUUCCGAGCUCAAAGCCCUCAAUGCGUUUAUUUUACUCUGCUCGAUCACUUGAAGUAUGAACUUGAACUGCCACAUCGAAUAUUAUUUUCUUUUAAAGAUUUGUUUUUGGCUUUUUGCCUUUUUAUGAUAGUACAAUGAGUAGACAGGAAGCGAAGGCGGCAUAGGAGUCUGAACUCGAACUCGGGUCACCUGAGGUGCCCACAAGGCUAUUGGAGCCGACAAUAGGACAUUAUUUUCAACUUGACCGGAAUGUUUUAUUCUCUCUAUUGUUUGUAACUAAGCCAAAACAAAUGGGUCUAACUAAAAUUAGGACUGAGACCCCUGUUAUUUUUAAGAGUUUCUCCUGAAUCAAGUUAAGAGCUACUUUUAGCCUUAAAGUUUUACCUUAAAAUGUUUUCAAAAUCGUUUGAGUGGUUCAAGUCGUGACAUGGUGAAAUGCUCUUAUGCCACCGCUUUGUGGUCCUUUAUCUGAUAUAACCACGCUAUGCAAGGUUGCCACAUCGGUUCGCGCUUCUGUAGUCCGAAUGAGACAAGUAAACUACAAAUUUGACUUGCUUUACGGUAAGCGCUACAAUUGCCGAUAGGUGGAGCCUACUCGACAGUAGACUGCAACUACAUGUAAGAUACCUAGCAGCCACUUGGCUUUUGAAUUGUCAUCAUGAUUCAAAAGCUGGUGCUGGAUAAACAGCGAGCGUGCGACAGUAGGAUGUGUUAGGCUACAUUUUUUAUGACAGCAGUAAAGGACAAUUCACUGAGGAAAAGUUACGUGGUGUUGCUUUAAGAUGUUUUGUGAAUAUGGCCCAAAUUAACAAAUAUGAUUUCAUAGCUUUCCAUCAUUUUACAUUUAUAAUUAACAAAAAAAAAAAAAAAAAA